GGGGCACUUCAACAAUGCACCAGUGCAGGCCGAGCCCAAGCCUGCAGUGGAGCUGGCUGGGACCGCAAAGCUUGAAGCCGGGGCUACGUUCAAGGCGCCGACCAAGGCGGGACCUGCGGCCAAGCAAGCGCCGCGGGCCUUUGCCAAGCCGACUCCAAAGGUCAAGGGCAAGCCCGCAGAGGCUAAGCCUGCAGAGGUGAAGAAGGAGCCGCACUCCGUGACAGAGCGAGCUGCUGAGGUCAAGGCGCCCAAGACGCCGCCUCAGGCUGACCAGCCCGGGAGCUCAAGCGCCGGGCCAAGUGACGAC